AUGUCCCUGGAUGAUACUACUAUUCGUGCCUUGUCCAACCCCGUGGUUGUAGAUAAGAAAGUUUUCAUUGAAAGUGACGCUGGUGAUGGAACCAAGCGUGAAGACCAAUAUCUUCAUGGAGCAAAUUUGACUCUUUGUUUACUCUCGUUGUUUCUUUCAUUGUUCCUUGUCGCCCUUGAUCAAACCAUUAUUAUCACUCUUUUAAGUGACGUCGGUAACAAGUUCAAUGCCCUCGAUAAAGUUGGCUGGUUGGCUUCAGGUUUUCUUCUUGCCAUGGCGGUGUUUGUUGCUACUUGGGGUAAGGCCUCUGUUAUUUUUGGCCGUAAAAUUGCCAUGUAUGUUGCCAUUGUCUUGUUUGAAGCAGGCUCGCUUAUGUGUGCCUUGUCAAACUCUAUGAAUGUAUUGAUUGGUGGCCGUGUCCUUGCUGGGGUUGGGGGUGGUGGUAUCCAAUCUUUGGUCUUUAUCAUCAUCACCGAAAUUGUCCCCAUUGAAAAGAGACCUUCAACUAUGGCAUUUAUUGGUUGUGUUUUCGCAGUGGCAUCUGUAUUGGGACCAUUGAUCGGUGGGGCCUUCACAUCUAAUGUCAGUUGGAGAUGGUGUUUCUACAUCAACUUACCAGUUGGUGCUGUUGCCCUUGUCUUUUUAUUCUUUGCCUUUAAUCCUCCUAAAACUCAAGGUAAUUUUACUAAAAAAUUGAAAAUGAUUGAUUAUGUUGGAACGUUCUUGUUGACUUCUGGUUGUGUGAUCUUUCUUUUGGCCCUUACCUUUGGCGCCUCAACUUAUUCAUGGGACUCUGCUGCAGUUAUUUGUUGCUUUAUCUUUGGUGUCGUGAUGCUUAUUGCCUUUGGUGUAUGGAACUUUAAAUAUUCCAAGCUGCAAAUUCUUGCCACUGAAGUUAUUGUUAUUCCUCAGAUUGUUGCGGCAACUGUUACAAUGUUUUGCAUGUUUGCCUAUUUCAUGGCUUCAACUUUGUACUCUUCAGUUUAUUUCCAAGUCAUUUGGGGUGCUGAUGCUUGGCAUUCGGGAUUACAUUUACUUCCAACCAUUAUUCCCGUGGUGAUUGCAUCGAUUGCUGGUGGUGUCACCAUCAACAAGACGCGUUGGGUUAAACCAUUCCUGAUUGCCGCAGGUGUCUUGGGUCCUAUUGGAUGUGGUCUUCUUUCCAUACUUGAUGUUGAUUCUUCUAGAAGUGCUCGUAUUGGCCUUUUAAUUGUGGUUGGGUUCUCAUGCGGGUUGCACAUGCAAAGUUGCAUUAUCUCAGCCCAAAUCCCUGCCCCAAAAACCCCCGGUGGAACCAUUAUGGCCACCACCUUAAUUAACUUGGGUAGAGGUCUUGGAGGAGCUGUUGGUGCUGCUCUUGCAGACGCUGUGUACAACUCGUCGUUCAAAAAUGAAUACAGGGCCAAUUUGAAGAAACUUACUGACCAAUCCAUAUUAGAACAAUUGGAUAAAAUCAAUAUUUCACAACUCACUACAUCUUCCACAAUUCUUAAUACACUUACUCCCGAUGCCAGGUUGUUUGUCAAGAAGCAAAUCAUGGCAGGUAUCCGUAAUGUGUUCUAUAUGUGUCUCGGGUUUGCUUGUUUGGCAUUCCUCGCUGGUUUAUUCAUGACAAAUAAACGCUUACCACAAGCCAGUGCUGGAGCAACUGCAGUCGCAGAAGAAACGACUCCAAGAAAUGAUAGCAAUAAAGACGAUUCGGAAGAAUCUAGUUCCACUGAUGGUGAAAGAAGGGAUUUUGAACAGGAAAAGGUUACAGUAUGA